UUAGGGUUUUAGUGAGAUACCGAUGCCCUCAACAGCACACGCCUCACCAUCUCCCUCCUUCCCUCUCUCUCUCUUCUCCCUUUCCCCUUGUUGUGCCGCCAGCAGUUGGCCCCAAUCAGCCGCCCACGAGCACCACGAGCACCACAAGGCCGUGUUUCCCUCCUCCCACGAGCAGCAAGCAGCAUCCCAGACACUAGCAGUAGGCUGUGUCCCCCUUCUCCCACUUAGCAGCAACUAAGCUGCACUCAAACAGCUACCAGCAGCAGCGGCUGGCACGGCUGGUUGUGCAGCCUUCACCGCCUCGCACACGCACACGCACCACCACCACAUCAUUUACAUGUCUUCCACCCCUUUGCUAAUUCCCCCAUUGUUCCCAGUUCAUAAGAGGAAAGUAAGACCUUAGUUGGGUUAUUUUUGUAACUUUUGGUCGUGCAGUGACGCUUACAGUUGUUAAUUUUACAAACAGAACUUUAUCGAAAUUUCGCCCAUUUGUUGGUGCCUCAUGGGACUCUGAAACCUGGAUCCGCCACCGCAGGCGGCAGCCACAAUACUAGGUCACUACUCGCCUGCUCUAUUUGUUUUAGUUGUAAAAAUGUUGUACAUUAUUGGAUUGGGUUUGGGAGAUGAGAAAGAUAUAACUUUGAGAGGUUUGGAGGCUAUUAAGAUUUGUGACAAGGUCUACAUUGAAGCUUACACCUCUCUUUUGUCUUUUGGUAUUGCUUCUGAUGGCCUCUCUAAGCUGGAAAAAUUAUAUGGCAAAUCAGUGAUUGUGGCAGAUAGAGAAAUGGUUGAGGAAAAGGCAGAUUCUUUCCUGUCUCAAGCAUGCCAUUCUGAUGUUGCCUUCCUGGUCGUGGGAGAUCCCUUUGGAGCAACCACACACACUGAUCUUGUUGUCCGAGCAAAGCAGAUGGGAGUUGAUGUCAUGGUGGUACACAAUGCAUCAGUGAUGAAUGCAGUUGGAGUAUGUGGAUUACAGUUGUAUCGGUAUGGAGAGACAAUCUCAAUUCCUUUUUUUACUGAGACUUGGAGACCUGAUAGCUUCUACGAAAAGAUUAAAAGAAACCGUGACCUUGGUCUGCAUACUCUGUGUUUGUUAGAUAUAAAAGUGAAGGAACCGUCAUUGGAAUCCCUCUGCAGGGGAAAAAAGGUGUAUGAAGCACCGAGGUUCAUGUCCAUUGGAACAGCAAUUGAGCAACUGCUGGAGGUAGGGCAGAAGUUAGGUGAAUCAGCUUACAAUGAAAACACCACUUGUGUGGGUUUUGCCCGGUUGGGAAGUGAGGAUCAAAUCAUUGUUGCUGGUUCCAUGAAGCAGCUGCUUACUGUUGAUUUUGGAGCUCCACUCCAUUGUCUUGUUGUUGUUGGCGAAACUCAUCCCGUGGAAGAGGAAAUGUUGGGAUUUUACACCAUUAAAGAGUAAAUGGCAGAUUUUAUACAGCCCCAACUAUAAAGACACAUUUCAGGAAUUAAGCUAAUUUAAUAUAUGCAGGCUUUCUGAAUUCUGAUGUAAGUUGUCAAACCCAAGUUCUCACAUAAUUCCCAACAGUGCAACCGCUGUGUGUUUCAUCCACAGUAUUGUUAGACUGAAUGGUAUUUUGUUUUCCUGUAACCUUAUAGUCAGCCUUCUGAAUUUUUGAAUUUUUAAGGAUUAUAGUCAGCCUUCCGAAACUUUGAUCUAUUAA